CUCGCUGUGGACUGUUUGCUGAAAACGUCCGAAAUCUAUACUGAUAUGGGUCGUUUCAAUAUGGCUGCGAAAAAUCAUGUCACUAUUGCCGAACUAUAUGAGAACGAAUGUCCGGACAUGGAGCUGUGCAUCCAGCAUUACCAAAAAGCUGCCGAUUAUUACAAGGGUGAAGAAGCCAAAAGUAGUGCUACAAAGUGUCUAAUCAAAGUUGCUCAGUAUGCCGCACAACUGGAACAGUAUCAAAAAGCAAUAUCAGUCUUUGAAGAGAUUGCCAUGUGGGAGGCUGACCAUCCAACUUUGAAGUAUGCUGCGAAAAACCACUUCUUCCAAAGUCUUCUAUGUUAUCUCUGCAUAGAUAUAGUAGGUUCUUGUUCAUCCUUUGUUUGGAUUUUUGGAUUUUCACUAUUAUGUAUUUUCACUGAACUUCAGCAGCUAGAUUGCCCCAUGCUAAUUUUUAAGGAUUGGCUCGAACUCAAGAUUUGCAUUUCUCGCUAUUCUCAGUACCAUUUCGGUACAAAGCUUUCGAAAUUCAAUCUCGAUGCCCAACAUGCACUGAAGCGGUAUGAAGAAGCCUCGCCAUCAUUUGCUGACACUCGUGAAGCGAAAUUCAUAAAGGUGGAUGUUUUAAAAUCCCUU